GGGACACUUUUGGAAUUCCAAAAAUCUCCAAUACCCUUUUCGUCUAUUCCGCAAUUAAUUUCACUUUCGCAAUUCGCGGUUCACGAAACGGACCCAAUAAUGGCGCCUUCUUUAAAUUUGUUUCCACCCCUCACUCUCACUUUCUAGGGUUUCAACUUCUCUCUCUCACUGUAACCCCCUUUUCUUCCACCGAUUCGUUCAAUUCGUUAGGGGUUCUCUCUAUCAAUCGCUGAAUUUCGCAGAAAUCGGAAAGAAAUCAAGCGAUUGCAAUGGCUGUGAAUCUGACUGAAGGUGCGAUAAUGGCUAUGUGCACUGACGGUGUCACUUCCGACCAAUUGCAACCGGUGCUGCAAAUUAUCGACUUGAAGCACGUGCAGACGCAGCAGAACAACGCCACUAAGCGCUAUCGCGUUGUCGUCUCCGACGGUUUUCUCUACCAGCAAGGGAUGCUCGCCACUCAGAGGAACGAGUUGGUUGAUUCUGGAAAGUUGCAAAAAGGCUCCAUUGUUAGGCUCACUCAGUUCGCGUGUAACCAUGUCGGGGAUCGCAUGAUUAUUAUCAUCAUUGAUCUAGAGAUUAUAAUGGACAAAUGUGACCUGAUUGGAGAGCCUAAGCCAGCACCCAGAAAUGGGGCGCGCGCACAAUCUGCUACCGGUCAAUCAGGAGUUACCUCUGGGAACUCGCAGCCUUUCAAUAAUAGUGCAAAUGCAGGUGGCGUGACUGCUCGGACAAGUCCUGUUGGGCCUUCUCUGGAUCAUCCGAAAGUGAACCCUCCUGCUACUAAUGUUUAUUCUAGCAGUUCUGACCCUGCAAGAUUUGGUGCAUCUAAUGCCACUGCUGCUGCUAGCAGUGUUUAUUCUAGCAGUUCUGACUCUGCAAGAUUUGGUGCAUCUAAUGCCACUGCUGCUGCUAGCAGUGUUUAUUCUAGCAGUUCUGACUCUGCAAGAUUUGGUGCAUCUAAUGCCCCUCCUGCUUAUCCUAAAGUAGAGUCUGGAGCCAGUUUGCCGAGAUCAACAACACACGGUGGAUCUUACGGUGAUCAGAACACAGGUUUUCGUAAUCCCCAACAAUAUGAGGCUUCAAGGCCGGUGCCAAAUUCUUAUGCUCGUACACCUCAGCCUAUGUACCGACAGCCAUCUCCAAUGUACACUAACAGAGGGCCUAUAGGAAGAAAUGAAGCUCCCCCCCGGAUAAUUCCGAUAGCUGCAUUGAAUCCAUACCAGAAUAUGUGGACAAUUAAAGCCAGAGUAACCGCUAAGGGAGAACUGAGGGCCUAUCAUAAUGCUCGAGGUGAGGGAAAAGUGUUUUCUUUUGAUCUUCUGGAUUCUGAUGGGGGAGAAAUUCGGGCAACUUGCUUUAAUGCUGUGGCUGAUCAGUUCUAUAAUGCAAUUGAAGCUGGCAAUGUCUAUCUGAUAUCCAGGGGAAGUGUAAAGCCAGCUCAAAAGCAAUUCAAUCACCUUCGUAAUGAUCAAGAGCUAACCCUUGACAUCACAUCAGUUAUACAGCCGUGCCUCGAGGAUGAUAACUUAAUUCCAAAGCAGACAUUUAAUUUUCGUCCCAUAAGCGAUAUCGAGAGUAUGGAAAACAACAGCAUUGUGGAUGUGAUUGCUGUGGUGACCUCUAUUAGUCCUACAGGUUCGAUCAUGAGAAAAAAUGGCACUGAAACACAGAAGAGAACUCUCAAGUUGAAAGACAUGUCUGGCCGAAGUGCUGAAUUGACCUUAUGGGGUAAUUUUUGCAACACUGAAGGACAAACACUGCAAAGUAUUUGUGACUCUGGGGCUUUUCCAGUUUUGGCAGUAAAAGCUGCCAGAGUAAAUGAUUUCAACGGGAAGUCUGUCGGCACCAUAGCCACUAGCCAGCUAUUUGUAGAACCUGAUUUUGCAGAGGCUUUUACACUGAGACAAUGGUAUGACAAUGAAGGGAAGAAUGUCCCAAGUCUCUCUAUUUCCAGAGAAACUUCUAGUGCUGGUAAAACUGAUGUGCGGAAGGUUAUAUCCCAGAUUAAGGAUGAGAAGUUAGGGACUUCAGAGAAACCUGAUUGGAUAUCUGUCUGUGCAAGUGUUUCAUUCAUUAAAGUUGAUAAUUUCUGCUACACAGCUUGUCCUAUCAUGAUUGGGGAUAGACAAUGUAACAAGAAGGUUACCAAUAAUGGAGAUGGGAAAUGGCACUGUGACAGGUGUGAUAAGUCUACUGAUGCUUGUGAUUAUAGGUACAUUCUGCAAUUACAGAUACAGGAUCACACUGGCGUAACAUGGGUGACUGCUUUCCAGGAGGGUGGUGAGGAGAUCUUGGGUAUGCCUGCGAAAGAUCUGUAUCAUCUGAAAUUUGAUGAACAAGAUGAUGAAGGAUUUGCAGAAAUCAUCCGUAAGGUUCUCUUCACUAAAUAUGUAUUCAAGUUAAAAGUAAAGGAGGAAACUUGGAGUGAUGAACAACGUGUGAAGUCAACUGUUGUAAAAGCCGAGAAGGUAAACUUCGCAUCUGAAUCUAGAUUUCUCUUGGAAUUGAUUGAUAAAUUUAAGUCUGAGAAAGCAGAAGGUGUGACUACUAACUCUGUCACCAAUAAUACUGGACUGUUGAGUGUUGAAACUGGACAAGCUAUGGUACCAGUUUAUACCCCUAUGAGGAGCAACACUCCUGCUAGCAGAGAUUAUGGGAUGCCAGGAAACCAAAUGGGGCAGAGUGGAAACCAAUAUAACAGUUCCUUUGCUUCUCCAGGGGCUGCUACUGGCUCAUACAUGUCAUGUAACAAUUGUGGAGGCUCUGGUCAUAGCUCUGCUCAAUGUGUGAAUCUCAGAAGUCAACCUGGACAGGCUGUGGGAGGAGGAACCUUCGCAAAUAGCAGGGUAUCUGCUGGAUCAAGUGUCGCCUCUGGUGAAUGCUAUAAAUGCCAUCAAACUGGUCACUGGGCAAGAGACUGUCCUGGUUUUAGUGCAGCACCGCCGGCUUAUGGAAGCGGUAAUGGGCAAGAGACUGCUGGAUCAGGUGGUGGCUCUGGUGAAUGUUUUAAGUGUCGUCAACCUGGCCACUGGGCAAGAGACUGUCCUGGUUUGAGUGCAGCACCGCCGGCUUAUGGAAGUGGUAAUGUAAUGCAAGGAAGAUAUGGGGUUGCUCAAAAGCAACAAUUUGGAGGGUAUUGAAAUUUGGCAAGACCGUGCUUGAGUUUAUUUUUAAGUUGUUGUCAUUUUGUUUCAAGUCAAGUCUUUCUACAUGAUCAGUUUUGUCUAAACGGUUAAGUGUGUAAAUAUAGUUGUCAUAUUUAUGUGCUACUGAUGUGGCAUUUCUCGAUGCUGCCAUGGUACAAAAAAGAGCCUUGAAAAGCCUCUUGAUUAAGAAUGUGUUUGUUUUUAAGUUACGUUCCUUUGGUCAUUAAUGGUACUCCAUGUCGUUUUUCGCA